AUGUUAACUGAAUCCCUCUUAAUCAUAAUGCAGCAGCAAGGACACUACACGUGCACUGCAACAAUAACAGAAAUCGACAACCUCCGCACCUGGUUCUAUGUGAAAUGUCCCAAAUGUGGCAAAAGAGCAUAUCCGGAAAAAGACCGAUUCGUAUGCUUGGACGAUGAUAUAGAAGAAGAAGAACCGAUUUUCAUGUACUGCCUCAACGCAAAAAUAACAGACAACACAGACUCUACAGAGGUAGUCUUCUACAACGAAGCACUUAAUGACAUUGUCAAGGUAAGCUGCCGUGACAUGGUUAUCAAUCUGGGAAACAGAAACCCAAAGGUGUUUCCAGACAAAAUAACUUCAGCAAAGGGGAUACCAAAGCUACUGCACAUCGUUGUGAGAAAUGAUAAUAGCAUUGCCGUGAACAAAGCAGAAAACCCAAGAACAAUCCAACCUGCAACACCAGACCCCAAGAAAACAGCAACCAAGAGACCUUUACCACAGUUGUCAGAGUCUGACAGGAAGGCAAAACAUCAAGCAUAACCAACACAUAUAAAGAACAGCAAACUUUUGGCACAACCUUUUGUAAAAGUGAAAAGCCUAUGCGCAGGUCCUAAAGUACAGUAACCCAAGGCCUGCCUUAUAUGGGGAA